CCUCUCUAUCCCAGACUCCCAUCCGUUGCGACCUCCUGCUCACCGUCUACGACGACGACGACCCUUCAUGCCUCCCAGUUCUCUCUCUCUGAAGCAGAGACUUGCAGUAUUAUCGAUAGCACCGUCUGCACCGUCAGCUCCUCAUGGUCAGGACACGCCUUUACGGUCACCCAAACGGAAGAGUUUCUUCAAUGUCAGUGCUCCCUGGAAUAAACGGACGGAGUCUCCAUAUGUCCAGGAGCAGCAUGCAAAUAUGCAGGACGUGAUGGCGAAGCUUAUAUUCCAAGCCGGGGUCGAUUUCGAAACACGGCCAAUGGUCGUGCUGAAUGCUUCGGCCCUCCCAGAUCCGCGAGGCGUCAAUUACGAUCUGCUCUUGUCCCGAAUACUGUCAUAUUUGAAUCUCUACGUUGAGGCCGACUAUACUGUCGUAUUCUUCGCAGCAGGUGGAAAGUACACACCGGGAUGGAACUGGGUUUGGAAGGCAUAUCGUAGUUUGAGUCGCAAGUAUAGGAAGAACUUGAAGCGACUCUUCAUCGUGCAUUCUUCCUUCUUUUCGAAGAUGCUUUUCUCUCUCGCUGGAGCAAUCAUCAGUCCCAAAUUCUUUCACAAGAUUGCUUAUGUUGACACGCUCUCUGCGCUCGCGGCCCAAAUACCUAUUACACAAAUUGACAUACCGCCCGCAGUAUACCAGGAAAACUCUAAACGGGAAAGGAGGAUAACUCUGCCAACGCCGGCCGUGUCAAGUAUCUUUGGUGUACCUUUAGAGGACCUGAUGGGGUAUGAGGGUGAGAAUGGGGGUAUCCCAAGAGUGGUUAAGGAUUCCAUACAGUUUUUACGUGAUACUGGAAUGGAAGAGGAAGGACUCUUCCGGCGGUCCCCAUCGUCAGCGCUUCUGCGAGCUGCGCAAGAGGCCUAUGAUCGUGGAAACGUCGUGUCUCUGGAAACAUUUGGAGACCCUCACCUCGCUGCUGUCCUACUGAAAAAAUACCUUCGGGACCUUCCCGAGCCAAUAUUCCCGGAAACUUUAUACCCCACGAUACGGCGAUGCCCUAUCCCUUCUAGCGACCCUGCUGACAUGGCUGCUGUAUCUUUCAUUCGCGAGACCCUCCUACCUGAAUUACCUCCAUGCGCGUACAUUCUUCUCAGCCACGUUCUCCACUUGAUGCAUGAGGUCUCUCUACGUUCUGCUUCGAACCGAAUGGACGCCCACAACCUUGCUGUCGUGCUCACCCCGAACUUGGUUUCGGGUACCAACCCUGUCAAAGAUGUUAUGAUGUGUACGAUCCCUGGCGGACCGGCGGUUUUCCAGUCCUCGGUUCAGUCCAAUCCUGCUGUGUUGGCCGAGUCCAAGACGACAUUAGGAAUGCGAUACUAUGAGAUCUUUGACGAGGUGAGGGACCGGACAGAGGCAUUACCGCUACGGCUGCCGCAAGAAGACAGCCGUGGAUCGUCUGGGGCGAGUUCGCUUCUGUCAAGCCCAAAGGCGCCUGUACAUGUGCUGCAGAAUGACGACGAGGAGGAUAGCAUUGACGAUGAGAUGCUGGUGAUGCCUAUAGGACCAGCUCAUGGACACCAUCCAAAUCCGUCGAUAUCGGGUCCACCGAGUGCGUGGAAUGGAAGCACAUUCAAGCCGCGACAUCGGAGUACGUUGUCGGGAAGUUCGGGGAAGGUGAAGUCGAUGCCUGAUGGUGGCGGCGGUGGUGGUGGGUACCAAACGGUGACGACCAAGGCUCGGUCGAUGAUAAGCAUCGAGAGCGGGAAUCGGGGACGAAUAGGAAAACUGCUGGGGCGGGGGGUGGAAGCGAUUGGGAUUACUGCAGAGGGGUUCUUUACUGCGCCUGUGACGGCGCCGCCGGUACCUUCUUUGAAGCAUCGGACGGAGUCUUGA